AUGAAAUAUCGAUACGAAUACCAUGGGUGUCGAAUCACUGUUACAAAAGCUACUUUCGAAAACAAUAUAGGCUUUGGGUUUGCCACUACCCCAGAAUGUGGCGGCGCCAUUUUUACUUGUCUUUCUGUAAUUACAUUAGAAAACGAAAAUAAUUUUACCAACAAUUUCGCGAGUGUGGGAGGGGCAGCUGCAUUUUUAGAAACUCAUGUUUUCAUCCAAAAUUCAACAUUUUCUAAAAAUAAAGGUUAUAAACAUGCAGGAGCAAUAUAUUUCCAAGGAAAUAAUACUCUUUAUUAUAGGUUAAACGUUUAUAAGUCACACUUUAUUGAAAAUAAUGGCACUAAUAGCGGUGGUGCUAUUUAUGUGUCAUUGAUACAGACACUUUUCAUUGAUGACUGUACUUUCAAAAAGAAUCAUGUUAGAUUAUCUGGCGGCGCUCUACAAAUUGAUAAUUCAGAUGCACAAAUUCAGAACACGAGAUUUGUUGAGAACCAAUGCAAAAAAGAGAUUAUAUAUGGCAAAAUGGGUAUUUAUCUAGCGGGGUUACGUGCUCAUGGCGGUGGUGCAAUCGCAAUGAUUGGUGGCGAUUUAAAGAAACAAGGGUCAUUAAGCGAGCAAAAAGGUUGCGAACUGAUUACUAGUAAGUGCUGCUUCAGUAAAAAUAGUGCAGAGAAUGGAAACAACUUUGAAGGUUUUCCUUGUCAUGACAUUUUGUUCGAAGGAAAGGCAAAGUGGGCAUCGAACGAAGAUACAAUGAUCGGAAAUUCAAGGAGUGUCAAUAUUGGAAAGCAUUUGUGGCGAGAUAGUAUUUUGGAACAAAAAAUUCUCAAGAAAGGUGAGGAUAGUAGCUGCCAAGUCGAAGAUUUUGGAAUGGCUAAAGAGGCUGUAACAGAUAUUAGUAAUAAAACUAAUCUUAAAACAUCAAGUACAUCAGCUCUCCCUAGUCCGUCACUUUAUACUUAUGUAGCAACGCCAAUAACGCAAAAUCCAAGACCAACUACAAGAUCUCAUAAGCCAAGGCCAAAAAAUAAAGAUGAAAUUACUCCAAUUGAAUCAGAUAUGAAAGACACAGAAGAAUUUACUCCAAUAACUGAUCCAACAACAAUAUCCGUGAAUUACGGAAAGAGUGAAGCUAAACCUGACGACCAUCAAAAUGGAGGCGGAAACAAAGACAAUAGUAAAUUUACUUUAACAGUGACUAAGACUGAUUCUUAUUCAAUUACUGAGACUGUUACUAAUCACACAGUAUAUACAACCGAUAAAUCAGGUAGAUUAACUUAUACAUUCACUAUAACAACAUUUUUGACUUAUACUACUAUCCAAACAGAUACAAAUAUAAUGCUAUAUCUUCCUAAUAAUGAUGAAACCACAAAAGGAAAACUUACACAGGCGCAAAUAAUUUUGUUGUCAGUUUUUGGAUUUAUUAUGCUUCUUUGUUUAGCCAUUAUGGGUAUUUUCCUAUACAGAAGAAGCAAAGCAUCCAACGAUGAUGAUUACGAUGAAUUUUCAAGUGAUAAAGAACGUGUUUCAGAAGAUGAUGGCGAUGUUGGCCAUGUUUUGACGCCAAUUGAAAUGUCUGAUGUAGAUGCAAAUACUAACCCUACACUUUCGAAUUUCGAUGAAGAAACUCGAAAAUUAGCUAAUUAUGUAUAA